AUGCGGCCAAUACACUGCUUUGGGGAAAUUGCAGUGUUAUGUUUAGAGACAAAAAAGAUAUGGAAGUUUCUUGAUACCACGGCUAUGCAAUCUUCAGCUAUCCACACAUCCUCAAGUGAUUCCUCAUUCCUUGUAUCUCCAGUUGAUAUUAACCCUUCUCUCAGUAUGUCAGACAAUUUCCAACAUCCAUCUCUAUUUGGAACUGCAAACUCACCACAGCUCUCUGUUCCUGUGGUGAGCGAUGCCACUUCUCUAGCAGGAAAUGUCUGCAACCUCUCCAGAAUCUCCACUCCAGCCUUCACUUCAACAUGGCAACUACCAUCAACCUCUGGCAUCUCUUUCCAGCCACUCACGGGUACUGCCUAUCUUUAUCAACAUUCUAGCACACCCAUGCUGACAGGCGUUACUGGCCAGAACCACAUCUGCACUUCAGCUUCCUCCUGUCCCAGUACUUUUGAAAGGAAGUACACAGGACACACUAAAAAGAAGUCAUCUGAACUUAGAGACUUCACUGUGACUCUCAACCAGGGCACAGCAGUCCCUUCAAUGGCUGUGACACCACGAUAUGUGGAUGCCAAUGCCAUAGUCCCUCUGUAUCCAUCACUGUCUGCCAGCCUGGUUCAGGGGACAUUAUCUCAGAUUCCACAUCAAGAGAGUAGCAUAUUACUUCCCUACCAACCAAGAAACCAGGUUUACUACUAUAAUCAAAACACUAUGGGUCCUCUGUUAUUUGGAGAGCCUGGUCCCUGCCUGCAAUCAUAUGGCUCUGUGACCUACACAGGGAGUGGGUUCUUUGCUCCUCAGCCAGAAAUAGUGAUGACACUCCAAGAGGUCCAGCCUACAGAUGUCUUACCACCAGUCUCCACUUCUGGAAUCUACUAUUCCGUGUCUGCUCAACCUAACACAGAAACCAAUUUCCAAGUGAUGGAAACUAACCUGGGAAUGGAAACUUUCCUAGAAUUGCAAUUUCGUCAGAAAUUUUGUCAGCCAGAAAUUCCAGACAGACCCAAGUACUACAAGUAUCUCAAACAAUCCACUGUUUCUACUACAACCGACAUCAAAGGUACAGAAACUAAUUGCAGCCAAAACAAGAUUCUCCUCCAGGAAAACUCAGUGGUCACUAAGCAUUCCACUGAUCAAGUCCAAAGGAACAAGCAUGAAGCCUUGGAAAGUGUGGAUGGAACUCCUGAGGUCAAAGUCGAAUGCCAGCCCCCAGAGCUCCUGCUGGAGGAAGAGGUGACUGUGCCUGAACCUUACAAAACAUCAUCUUCCACUUCUCUGCAGCAGAAGCCUGUGUCAACUUCUGGGACCAAGUUCCAGUCACCACCUAAACCUCAAAGCCAGUAUCUACUCCAAGACUUCAGCCGCCAACCAAUUCCAUGGAGGAAACCUGAUAUUCCUGGGCCAGUAGUAUCAAAUCCCAUCACCAAGGAGCAGAGGCCAGAGCGUGAAGCCAUGAAAAGGCGGGCCCAGAAAGAGCGUGAAAUUGCUGCCCAAUACACGGCUUUGGGGAAACUGCAGUUUUUUGCUCAGAGGCAAAGAGAUAUGGAAGUUUCUCAAUAUUAUGGCUAUGUAAUGUAA